GCUCGCUCUAGUCCUCCGACUCCAAGACCUCGAGUCCUCUUCCUCUCCCCUCACCUCCCUCAACCUGCAGCUUCGACGUCACCUCCUCUCUUCCCGUCUGCGCUCUCUCCCCUGGUGCGCCGGGCUACAGGUUUCCUCCAGGGCUGCAGGAAGCAGCUUCUGUUGCAGCUUGAAUCGAGAAGUGGCGUGGUAACAUCACCAGGGAGAAGUUGGAUUGUUCCGCCAGAGUGCUCGAUGACAGAUCAUUUCGCUCUAGGUCUAGGUGCUCUUCUUCUUUUGCUGCUAAGUAGCAGCUGUUUCAGUUCCGACCUUGAUGUCCAAUGCCUGAGAGACGUUAAGCAAUCAGUGACCGAUCCUACUGGCAUACUAAAAUCCUCAUGGGUUUUCGAUAAUACCUCUGUGGGUUUCAUAUGCAAAUUUCCUGGUGUGGAAUGCUGGCACCCUGAUGAGAACCGAGUUCUCGCAUUGCGUCUCAGCAACUUUGGCCUUCAGGGCCCAUUCCCUAAAGGUCUCAAGAACUGUACCAGUAUGACUACGCUGGACCUGUCGAGUAACAGCUUCACAGGUGCCAUUCCUUCAGACAUCCAGCAGCAAGUGCCGUUCUUAGCAUCUCUGGACCUCUCCUACAACGGUUUCUCAGGCGGAAUCCCAGUGCUCAUCUAUAACAUCACGUACCUAAACACCCUUAAUCUUCAGCAUAACCAGUUGAGUGGUGACAUUCCAGGGCAGUUCAGCGCCCUUGCUCGGUUACAGGAGUUCAAUGUUGCUGACAACCAGCUGUCAGGGACUAUCCCAAGCUCUCUACAGAAAUUCCCGGCAUCAAACUUCGCUGGUAAUGACGGACUGUGUGGGCCUCCAUUAGGUGAAUGCCAAGCUUCAGCGAAGAGCAAGAGCACUGCAUCGAUCAUCGGGGCUGUUGUUGGCGUGGUAGUCGUCGUCAUUAUCGGUGCAAUAGUUGUGUUCUUUUGUCUGCGGAGGGUACCGGCCAAGAAGGCGGCAAAGGAUGAGGAUGAUAAUAAGUGGGCGAAGAGUAUCAAAGGAACAAAAACUAUCAAGGUAUCUAUGUUUGAGAAUCCAGUUUCAAAGAUGAAACUGAGUGAUCUCAUGAAAGCCACAGACGAGUUCAGUAAAGAGAACAUCAUUGGUACUGGGAGGACAGGGACUAUGUACAGGGCGGUGCUACCUGACGGCUCCUUCCUAGCCGUGAAAAGGCUACAGGACUCGCAACAUUCCGAAUCACAGUUCGCAUCGGAGAUGAAGACACUUGGCCAGGUGAGGCACCGGAACUUGGUUCCGCUCUUGGGAUUCUGCGUCGCCAAGAAGGAGAGGUUGCUGGUGUACAAGCACAUGCCCUUGGGCUCGCUCUACGACCAGCUAAACAAAGAGGAAGGUAGCAAGAUGGACUGGGCGCUGAGGCUACGGAUCGGCAUCGGUGCAGCGAAAGGGCUUGCGUAUCUCCACCAUACCUGCAACCCUCGAGUUCUCCACCGCAACAUCAGCUCCAAGUGCAUCCUCCUGGACGAGGACUACGAACCAAAGAUAUCGGACUUCGGUCUCGCUAGGCUCAUGAACCCAAUAGACACCCAUCUCAGCACCUUUGUCAACGGGGAGUUCGGAGACCUCGGCUACGUGGCGCCGGAGUACGCGCGUACUCUGGUGGCUACUCCCAAGGGCGAUGUCUACAGCUUUGGCGUGGUUCUCCUUGAGCUCGUCACCGGUGAGAGGCCCACCCACGUCUCCUCAGCCCCGGAGAAUUUCAGAGGAAGCCUAGUGGAAUGGAUCAGUCAUCUGUCCAACAACGCACUCCUCCAAGAUGCUAUCGACAAGUCGCUGGUGGCGAAGGACGCUGAUGGUGAGCUGAUGCAGUUCCUGAAAGUUGCGUGUUCCUGCACGCUCGCCACCCCGAAGGAGAGGCCAACCAUGUUUGAGGUUUACCAGCUCCUCAGAGCCAUUGGCGAAAGGUACCAUUUCACUGCCGAUGAUGACCUGGUGCUGCCACCUCUUAGCACGGACAGUGACGGUGUGACACUGGACGAGCUCAUUGUUGCCAAGUAAUUGCAAAAUCAUACUUAUGUAGCAGAAGACAAAACAAGACUGAACGUCUUCUUUUUCCCCCCUCCAAGAGAGUUAUAGUAAUGAUGAAGUGAGUAAGAUGGCUUAUAAGAUGUAUGUUCCAAUUAGUAGCAUCCCGCUGUAUAGUUGUUGUAGCGUGGUUGGUAGUUGGUACCCGCCCUUUGGAGAUGAUAGUAGCUGUAAAGGAUAAUUUUCAUGUAACCAAUUUGGGGACGAGACACAUGUUACUUGUAAGUUUGUUACAGGUAAA